AACACUUUGAACUUCUAACAAACACUAUAAUACUGUAAUGGCUAUUCGUUUGCCUUGUGUUCUGAGUGCAAAAUACAUUCUUCGUCGAUCUAUUGCAGCUGCAACAUCACUCGAUGUGCCUAAAGGGCACUUUGCUGUGUACGUAGGAGAGGGUAAAAAGAAGAGAUUUGUGAUUCCAGUGUCAGUGUUGAAUCAACCCUCAUUUCAGCAACUGUUGAGCAUCGUAGAGGAAGAAUUUGGAUUCAAUCAUCCAAUGGGUGGCCUUACCAUUCCAUGCACAGAAGACAUUUUCCUUAACAUCACCUCUGCUUUUCGUAGGCCAUGACAUGCACGAACACUAAAUUUCAAGACAGUUCUUGUUUUAUGGUUUUUCCUUUUCACAUGGGCUUUAUACUCGUGCAGAAAAGUUUACUAUGAUGCUGUUGAAUUUUGAGAUAU